AUGAAGGCCGCUUCCGUCAUUCUGGCCCUUGCUGCCAUGGCCAUGGCCGCCCCAGUGGCAAACGACAAACGAGAGGGAGCUUUCCAACACGGCUGGACUGUCCCACCAGGUGCUGAAGGCGCAGCCCCUGCAAAGCGAGAGGGAGCCUUCCAACACGGAUGGACUGUUCCCCCAGGCGCUGAAGGCGCAGCUCCCGAGAAACGAGAGGGAGCAUUCCAACACGGCUGGACUGUCCCACCAGGUGCCGAAGGCGCCGCUCCCGAGAAGCGUGAGGGAGCAUUUCAACACGGCUGGACUGUCCCACCAGGUGCCGAAGGCGCCGCUCCCGAGAAGCGUGAGGGAGCAUUUCAACACGGCUGGACUGUCCCACCAGGUGCCGAAGGCGCCGCUCCUGAGAAGCAGAAGCGUGAGGGAGCCUUUCAGCAUGGAUGGACCGUCCCCCCAGGUGCCGAGGGUGCCGCCCCCGAGAAGCGCGAGGGAGCUUUCCAACAUGGCUGGACUGUCCCUCCGGGCGCUGAGGGUGCAGCUCCUGAGAAGCGUGAGGGAGCAUUCCAGCACGGAUGGACUGUUCCCCCAGGUGCUGAGGGCGCCGCUCCUGAGAAGAACUAA